UGCCGCUUAACUUUUUCUUAUUGUCUCUCUAUUUUUGAUAACAAUGGAGAGAGGUGAUGAUCAACUCAAGGGUUUGCAGAGAGAGAAGAGAUCAUUAGAUAUUUUGUCUGUUGGCACGGAGAGAAUGGUUAGAGCUUUUAGCUAUGAGGCUAACGGAGAAACAUCCACUGAAGGUCAUGCUAGUGUGAAGAAUAAAAAGAGAGAGAGAAGAGAUAUUAACAACGGUCUAAGGAGCUCAACGAUGAUCACUAGAUCGAGCAAACGACUGAAGAUUGAUGAGUGCGAGAAUCAAGACCCGAAACAAAACCCUAAUCCUCAUGCUUCUUCUCCAAGUUUGUGCCAUGUAGCGUCCAAGAGGCCUCAAAAAGUGGUACCAAACAAACCGGUUAGAAGAAGAAAGCCGGUUAGAGUUAUAGUGACGGAUGAAGAUAGGAAGCCGCCGGAAUGGCUGGUUAACAUGAUGAGAGAAAAGAACAGUGUGGAUGCAAAGCUGAUAUUUGUCAAGGUUCUUACCAAUAGUGAUGUUGACGAUGACAAGACACGUCUCUUGAUGCCCUGGAAACAGAUACUGGAUAUGGGCUUCUUAAACAAGGAAGAGUUAGGAAUGAUAGAUAAACAUUACAAAAAAAGGUUACUCAGAAAAAAGAAACACUACAAAAAGAUUAAUGACAGUGACAAAGGAGCGGAUGUGACCUUGGUGAAUUCUAAGGGUCAACAAUGGAAGCUAAACCUCAGGAGAUGGGAUAUGUGGUCCACUUUCAACUACGUCUUGGCUUCAGGAUGGAACAAGGUCGUCCCCGGUAACACUCUAGAGGAAGGCCAGAGGCUUCGGGUCUGGUCCUUCCACUCCCAAGACAAGCUCUAUAUUGCUCUAGUUCCUCUGGUUCCAGCUCCAGCUACAGAUCCAACACCAGCUCCGGCUAUCCCUCUGAUUCCAGAUCCAGCUCCAUCUUCACCUCCGGCUCCGGUUGUUACUAGAGAUUCUGACGAGCUAUAUAUAUCUCAAGCUGAGGCUCAAGAAGAGAGUGACGACAUAAUACUUCCAGUUCCAGUUCCUGCAGAUAAAGAUUUGGAGGUCCUAAAUUUAUUUGCUGAAGUGCCCGAGGAGACAAUUCGUCUCGAGGCUCUACAAGAGGCAAAUAGGAGGAGGUCACUGGUCUCCGACACAAAGCUGGACCUCGAGCUCCGGUUGUAACUAAGAGAUUCCAGCCAAAAACAGCUCUGCUAUGUGACUAUUUUCUCUUGCUUUUUUGGUAUUUUAAGUUAUGGAUUCAAGCUCUACUGCCGUGGUUUGCCAUGCAAGUACUCUUUUUUUUUUCAGACACUCGAAGAUGGUUUUUUUAGUGUUAACAUUCUGAGUGAUGUUUUAGAUUAAUUGUGCUGAUUUUCAUUCCUUAUAUAGGUCCUUUUUGUUUGAACGGAUGAUGUUUGUUUUGGCAAGUUUUAUUUCGCACUUGCCUUUAUUUCAUAAGCUAAAUAAUCCUCGUAAGAUAGC